AUCAGAGCUAGUCAAGCAAGUGAGGGAGCGAGCCAUGAAACUCCAAGAUCUAAAGCAGUCUCAGAAACCUCUACCGGCGGGUAAGAACAUUCAACUAGGAUACGAGACAGAGUCAAGUUAUGAGGCGGAAGGCCCAGCAGAGCGCCCCAGAUCGAUUGCCCGGUACACGUCGCACCUUAGUCCGCUUGGGAUAGGCGUGAUAGCAGAACCAAAUGGUGAUUACGAUGGUAGGAUUGAUGGUAUGCCAUCGCUCAACUCUCUUGACUUGAGACUAGGUUGGGGGGAGUCGAGACCAGGCCAAGGGCAUACUCUAGCAAUGGUUUGUCAGCCAUUGGGAGUUUCCAUAGGUUGUAUCCCUAAGCAGGAAGAGUUUGCGAGCCAGUUGCAGUGACAGUUGGAGUUGCUUUACUUGGUAGGGCUGGAGUAUGAGUUUUCGAGGGCGGAAUAGGGUGAAUCUUUUUUUUUAAUAUAUAUAGCUUUCAUAU